CGCGGCUCCUUCCGCGGGGAGCGGCCCGCCGCCAUGAGCAGCCGGCGGCGGGCGGCGGGGGGCGGCGAGCCGCCUACCGGAGCGGCGGCGGCGGCGGCGGCCCCCAGCGCUCGGCGGGGCGCGGCGGCCAACGCCCAUCGGCCGGGGGCCCGCGGUCCCGCCGGCCGGGGGCCGCCGGAGAGCCAGGAUAAUUUUCAAGGGUGGAUGACGGAACCAGCCAGCCUUUCUGCAGGUGCAGAACAGACACAGAAAAAAGAGAGUGUUGCUAAACAGUUGAUGAGGCAUGAAAAGGAAGUUGGUGUUCUUUCUAAUGAACUCGGUUCAGCAAACACAGCUACUGACCAGAAAGCGCGAUCUACGUCAGAAGUAAGAAAAGACCCUGUGUACAGAAGUCCUGGGAGACCAGAGAAGACAGAUAUGAUUAAAUCAUUUCUGACAGAUCAGGAUGCAUUUAGCAACUGUGAACUGUAUCUAUCUGUGUCAAGUAACUGUUCAGCAGUGGAUUCAUCUGAGGACAGUGAGGAGGACAUGUAUCGUGAUGCAGAAGAAAUAGAGAGAGAGAAAAUACUACUUUAUGAGACAAGCUCUUCAGAACAUAAACUAAGUGUUGCACCUGAAAUGGACAUCAUGGAAUAUUGCAGGAAGGAAUGGAGAGGAAAUACAGCAGUCGCAAAAAGGAUGAGAAAGGGAUAUGAAGCAGUUGCUCAGAGGUUUGCAUCUAUAAGGAGAGUACGAGGUGACAACUAUUGUGCUCUCAGAGCAACUCUUUUCCAGGCACUAAGUCAAGCCACCCAGUUACCAAGCUGGCUGCAGAGUGAGGAUUUUACUAUGCUUCCUGAAAGCUUGCUGAGCAAGUAUGACUGGAUCAAGCAGUGGCAGCUAAAACAGAAACUGGGCAGGAAGACGGGAGAAAUAAGUGAUGAAAUUAGAGAAUAUUUAAUACUUCUCAGGAAAAAGUGGAAGAACAUAAGUGAAAUCAAGGGUCCUAUUGAGAAACAAGAAGCUUGUGAUAAAUUGUUUAAAAAUGAGGAGGAGGAGUAUAGUCUCUAUGAAGCACUGAAGUUUUUGAUGCUUAACACUGCCAUCAAAUUAUACAAUGAUGAUAAAAAUGGAAGGAGAGUACCUGUCUUCUCAUGGUUGCUGUUUGCACGGGAUACAUCUAGCAACCCUCGUCAGUUAAUGCAGAAUCACUUGAAUCAUAUUGGUCACAGUGGAGGCCUUGAACAAGUGGAAAUGUUUCUCCUUGCUUAUGCUCUGCAGUAUACCAUCCAAGUGUAUCGACUGUAUAAAUAUGGAACUGAUGAGUUCAUCACACUUUAUCCUAAUGACCCAGAGGAGGACUGGCCCGUGGUGACUCUCAUAACUGAAGAUGACAGACAUUACAAUAUUCCAGUCAGAAUGUGCCAAGAGACUGUGCUGUAAACAAGUGAUUUUUUGGCAGACAAACCUGUGCUGCUUAGUGAGGUUUCCAGUGCUAUUCUGAAACAGGAUGAUGAUGAAAUCUGCAUUAUCAAAUCUAGAACAACUUGAAAUCCAUGUUUUAGAAGUUUACAUCUGAAAUAAAAUAUCAAAUAGGUACUAUCUUAAAGAGUAAAAUUUUGGCAAAUAUGGCUUUUGUUGCCCAUUUUAAAAAAAAAAAAAAAAAAAAAAAAAAAAAGGAAACUUCUGCAGUCCUCUCUUUUGAAGAGCUUACUCUGAAUAGGAAUGCAAACCCUAUAGAUUUAUUUCUUGUAGGAAAAUAGGUGAAGCUCUGUGGUAAGACCAGAGCUGACCUUCUGCUUCCCGAAAUAAUGAGAUAACGGUGACUUGAAAUUUCUGGAGAAGUAAGCUGGCAGUGUCCUGAAUGAUAUUUGUAAUGUUGCUUAGAAGCAAUUUGUACAAAUCUUGGGUCUCAGGAAAAAAUAUAAUUCUUUUGCAGUUGGAAUUUAAUGCCUGCCAUGGUUUCUGCUACAGGAGAGAUGUUACUUAAAAUUUUCAAAUGCUUUGGUGUUUUUUUUCUGGCAUGAAUAUCUCUUAUUUAGAAGCCAGUUUGUCUGUUACACUGAAAAAUAAGAGCUCUUCCCCUUUCAACCUCUCGAGAGGAUCAUGGCAAAGAGGCUUGAUAACAAGGGAGUGUAAAGGCUGUUUGUUAGUAGGUCACAAAUUCAAAACCUGCGCAGAAUUCCCUCUUCAGUUAUGGUAGCUGAUAGCAGAGAACCGUGUGCCCACUAACUUCCACGUCUGUUCCUGUAAUUUUAAUCCUCACUAGUAGCUGCUGCGGAGAACAUCAGGAUUUUAAUUUGUCCAGGGAGUGCAGUAGGUGGAAGUAAACUUCUGGUGCAUCCUCUCCACUCUUGAGAGGAGUACGUGGGAGGUUCUGUUUCUGCUUAGAAUUUUUUGUUGUGCUUUAAGUUGAAGGAAUACAAAAUAUAUCAGAUGCUGGGAGUGCUGACAUACCUACCAAAGUAAUUAAAUAAUAAAAGCAUCACCUUUUAGCUUAAAAGUUGGAAGUAUGCCCUACAGGUGAUUCUCUGAAGAAGAGAAUGAAAGCUGAUUUAAAUGAAAUGCUGGUCAUGCACAGGCCUCGUGGCUUCUCUUAGAAGGCCUUCUUAUAUAAAAGGAAUAAGAUGAUAAAAACUACUUUUCAUUCAAAUAUUCUGGAGGAAAUGUCAUGCAAAACUUCUAGUAUGCAAAACUUCAAAUUCUCCUGUUUUUUUUUUUUUUUCUACUUAAAGAUAAUUUGUUAACUUUUCUUUUGUUCUGAAAUGUAAUUACACAAUGAGAAUGUGUACUCACUGUGUUCAGAAAUGUUUUGGACACAUCUUAAUGAGGUCUGUCGUAGUCAGUGUUAUAUUUGUUGUCUUUGCCUUUUAAAACAACUAGUUUGAUCUGUUACUGAAAACUUCUGGGAGCUACAAGGGAAUAAAAAUAAACCAAUUCA